AUGAAGACAAUGCGUCAAUAAUCCUAAUGCCCACUUUCCUUUGGUUCCGUAUAAUCGCCAAGAACAUCAAUAUAUCAUUGCUUACUGACGAGAUCUCUUAAUCUAUCGGCAUCACCCGGCCAUCAACGCGUCAGAUUUCGGAAUUUGAGCCGCACAUUCAUUAGUCGACGAGUACUUCAUACCAGUAGCCUCGAAGUUGAAAGCUUUCCUACUACAGUACAAUGCUCAAAUCUCUGCUUGUCGCGUUUUUCUUUCUGCUUCAGUUGGGGACGAGCUUCGCGACUGGAUGUGGAGAUGAAUGUAUGGUCUCGGUUGCCAAAGCCUUCGCGGGCAAUUACUCUCAACAAGUCGCCCCGAUCUUUCAAGGAAUUUCCCGCAAGGUGCAAGCUCGUGGCCUCCUUCCUCAGUUACUUACCAGUCAGGUCGACAAGCUGUUUGCGCCCAGUCAACAGGAAUUGUAUGAUCAAGUUUACAACCAGACUCUCUCGCAACUUGUUACCGGAGUUUUGGGGAAUGACAAUGUCACUCACGCAUUGGUCGAAGCCUCUAAGCCACUCAUUGCGAUUGUCUUGAACUUGGCGAAAUCAACCCUGCGAGAAGCAAUUUCGAUCAUAGAAGCUACCACUUCAAGACUGGAGGCUGAAGGGAAGCCCUCGCCGACAUCGUACUCCAAUCCAAGUACUCUACCGGAGUCGACUGUAGUGGGUAGACCGACUGCAUUAUCUACCAUACCGCUCAGACCCAAUGGAGGACCCAAGCCUCCGUUCCGACUGAGGCGCAGGGUUCUGAACUCAUUCGGCAGUGAUUCCUCAGGCCAGUUGGUUCCCCGAGCAAAUCCUCCUCCCGGAACCCCUGUGACGGUCUCCACCAUUCCUGUGGCGAAGACCUAUGAACCUCUAGAGGCACCCAAGAAUGCGACACCGUCAACGCCAACCACCACGCCAGCAACGCCAACUGCCGACCGCAAAUGCACCACCACUUUGAAGAGAAAGAUUCACGUCUGUAUCCCUGAUGUCUUGCCGAUUCUCAACUCAUUGAGAAAGCGAUCAACCGUGCUGGCCGAGAAACUCUCUACUUCAACACUUCCUUCAUUAUCCUUUCCUAAGUAUAUCGCAGGAAUGGCUCUAUCAUCCGGCCGGAAAAUUAUUACAUUCGUUCAACCACUACUCACUUCAUCGCAAUCUGCCGGAGAUCUCGUCUUUGAAAGUGAAGGCCUCACCGCAUCUGACCAGAUUUCAUUGGGUUCUUCCGAGAUUGUUGAAGGCCAUCCGUCCACGCUUUUAGAAGACACUCUUGAAAUCAGCCUGGAUGAAAUGAUCAGCUCUUUCGAGACUCAUUUGGAAGACUUUCACCAAACCCUAGUCGAAGGCCCCUUGAGAGAGUAUCUACUGUCUUUGAACUGAAACUUAUGAAUUCCCAGAUUUUACUAUUGACGGUAGGCUU